AUGAAGGGCAGCCACAGGUACGAGGACGGUGUCACACUUGUCGCUCAAUCUUCCGGGCCGCAGGGCGGGGUCGCCAUUCUGCUGUCGCCGGAGGCGUCGUCCGCCUGGGCGGCGGCCGGCUCGCAGUCUCAUGGGCAUGCCAGUGAUCGCAUUCUGCAGUGCUCGUUGCAGCUGGGUGGAAAGGAGGGCCGCUUCUCCAUCUUCUCGGUGCACGGGCCCACCUGCAAGGCCACCGACGAGGAGCUUGACGUGUUCUGGGAGGCACUGCGGGCUGCGACCGCCAAGGCGCGUGGCAUCUAUUUCGUCUUCGGUGACUUCAACAGCCGCGUCGGGAGCGCAGCGGGACCAGAUGAUGUCCUCGGCCUUCACGGUUUGGGCCGGUGCAAUGCCACCGGCGAGCGCAUGCUGAAUUUCUGCAGGGCCCGAGGCCUGAUCGAUUUUGCAUUGGCUCGGACGUGUGACGCCGACAUCUUCACCAACGUGCGCACGUACCCGGGUGUAGAGGUUGAGUCAGACCACGUGCUUGGAGUGGCCACGUUGCGCCAGAAGCCGCGGCGGCACUUGACCCAUUCUGGGGCUGCUCCUGUGCCCGAGGCGCCGCGGCCUCUGCCUGUUCUGGAGGUGCGCAAGCAUGCGACAAGUGCCGGCGACGCUUUCCGAGCCGCGGCCGUGUCGGCACUUCAGCGUGCAGACCUCCAGCCCGGGCAGCUGGCCGCCGCUCUGCGGCAGGUGGGGGCGGGCACUCUCGGGGAGCAGCCGAAGCGCCGGGUGCCUGACUGGCGGGUCGUGAACCGAGAGGCUUUCAAGGCGCUGGCCAAGGCGAGGCAGGAGGCUCACGCCCGCACGCGGCCCAGCGGCGACCCGAGGCACGCUCUAGCCUUCAAGCGCCUCUGCCGUGGCACCAGGGCCACCGCGCGGAGGAUGGUGAACGACUGGUGGGCUUCUAUGGCGCAAGACGUGUCAGACGCAGCUGAUCGUCAUGACUACGCUGUCGUUUUCGCUGGCGUUCGCGACAUGCCCAGGCAGCUGGGCGCUCUCCCUCGUGCUCCAGUGGCGCACCGUGUCAAAGGCACGCUGCGGCAUCUCGCUGACAUGGCGUCGCAUUUCGAGCAGGUGCUGAACAUACAGAGGCCCCUUCGCAGCGAGGCUGUGGAAGCCGGUCUCGCGCUGUUGCAGCCUUUGGACCAAGGCCGGGUCGAUUUCUCUGCGCCUGGAUAUGAUCGAGUGCUGAAAGCCAUCAAGCAGCUGAAGGGGCGCAAGGCUGCUGGGCCAGACGGCGUCCCCGCGGAGCUCUACAAGCAGCCGGGCGUCGUCGAGGAGGCGGCUCGGAUCUUGACCCCUUGGGUGCGGCGCUGGUGGACAGGAGACCUGACGGGCCGACCAGAGGACUGGAGGGACUCGCACAUGGUGGCUUUGUACAAGGGCGCCGGGGACAUCAGCGACCUGGACAACUGGCGCGGCAUCUGUUUGCUGCAGAUCCUGUAG